UGAUUAUCAUCUGGAUCUCCGAAAUCAAUUUAGUUCAAAUCCGGAUAGGGUAAUGAAAUCUAGAUAUUUUAUAUAACAAGAUAUAAUAUUAUAUAAUAAGAUAAAUUUUAGGAAAUAUGGGAUCAGAAGAAACAGUUUUAACAGAGAAAGACGAAAUUAUUUUGCAUGCUAUUUUUAAUCCAAAUACUCCUCUUGAUUUAAGAAACAGUAACUAUAUUCACUCAACAACUACCUUAGAUAAUGAAAUAGCACCUGAGUUGAAAAAAAUUGAAUUAGAAGCUGUUAAAUUGGCUCAGGCUGAAAAGUUUGAAGAGAGUUUAAAACUUUUUAAUCAACUUAUUAAUGAGACUCCAUCAUAUGCUUCUGCAUACAACAAUCGGGCGCAGCUUUAUCGAAUUCUAGGAAAAACUGAUUUAGCAAUGGAGGACCUUAAUAAAGCCAUUAUGAUCAGUGAGUCUAAAGGGUUUAUUGCUUCUCAAGCAUUUGUUCAGAGAGCAAUCCUUUUUAAAGUAAAUGGUGAUGAUGAAAAUGCGUUGAUUGAUUUUAAAUCAGCAGCAGAGCUUGGAAAUCAAUUUGCAAAAAAUCAACUUGUUGCUUUAAAUCCUUAUGCUGCAUUAUGCAACAAAAUGCUUAGUGAGGCGUUCUGCAAACUUUACGGCAAUGAGUAAAUCUAGAAAUUAGCUUUUUAUUUAUUUUAGUUAUAAAUAUUUGUAAAAUUAUUUAUAUAUAUUUUUAUACUUGUUUAA